AUGUAUGAUGUUGGUCCAACCAAUGGGCCGACUAUGGGUCCGCCUAUGGGCCGAGUGACAUUUCUGAAGAUGAAAUCGAAAGCUAUACUUAAUCGCCUUGAAAGUAUAGCCACCGACUUGGAUCCUGAUAAUCUGCACAGUAAGGAUGAAUAUGCUCUCAACGCAAUACUGGAAUUAUUGGUGGAGCUGAAAUCCAGUUUUUCGGUCACCCACACAAGUUUGGAGGAACUGGACUUCGAGUCGAUUACCAGCGACCUACCUGCCAAAUUCGAUACCACGCCAGUCAAUCUCAGAGCCACUCUGCAACGGGAGAUCGGGAAGCGCAGUACUUCACAACAUUGCUCAACUUUUCGGAUGAACACCGCGGACACACAGUCUAUAAUUGUAAACGCAAAUCGUUCGCGUGUGCCACUACUAACGUUGCCCAAAUUUAGUGGGGCUUACACGGAGUGGACAAAUUUUUACGCAAUGUUCACAUCUGUAAUCGACAAAGACAGUGAACUGACACAAGUGGACAAGCUUCAACAUUUGCGGUCUUGCCUUAGUGUUGCUGCCCUGGACACCGUGGGAUCACUCGAGAUAAACGACACUAACUACAAAAUUGCAUUAGAACUUUUACAAAAACGAUUUGAUAAUAAACGUCUUAUCUUUCAGGCACACAUCAGGGAAAUAUUUGAGUUGGACAAGGUGGAUUCGUCCGUAUACACGUUGCGGGCAUUGACAGACAAGGCAAUCGCGCACAUGCGCGCUCUACAAUCUAUCGGCUCAAAGGAACAAAUAUCCGAUAACAUCCUCAUUCAGUUGAUAGUGCAAAGGUUAGACAAGGUGACGCAAGCUAAAUGGGAGGAGAAUUCGGCAAGCAACGACCUACCCUCUUGGAACCAACUAGCUGGAUUUUUUGAAAAACGCUGUCGUACACUCGAAAACGUCGAAUAUGCAUUGCAGACACAAGCUAGCAUUCCGGUAAAAGUCAUCAAAAGCGUGAGUACAAAUCCAAGAAAAUCUUUUGUUGCUUCGAAUAGCUCAGUAGGUAGUUGCGUAUUUUGCGAAUCCCCCGAACAUGUAAUUUACCGUUGUCAACGCUACGUCAAUUUGUCGCCAAAUCUACGCCAGAAAGAAGCUAAAAGGCUCAACCUAUGUCUUAAUUGUUUGAAGAAAGGUCAUCAGAUUCGUGACUGCAAAUCGGGACCCUGUCGCAGCUGUCAAGCGAAGCUUCAUACACUGUUACAUUUUGAUCGGUUAUCCAUUUCACCAGCUACUCAGUGCCAAGCACCUUGCACUACUUCUGAAUCGAAUGCUAGGACUGCAUCAUUAUCUGUCACGUCCCAUGCUCAUACUCCUUCUCCUGAUGUUGUGCUUCUCGCCACUGCAAUUGUUCUAAUUAAGAAUCGUGCUGGAACCUUCGUACCUUGCCGCGCCCUCCUAGAUUCGGGCUCGCAGCUUCACUUCGUUACAACUCGUUUCGCUAACCAGCUUCAGCUUACUAGAACGAAAUCAUUGGUCGCAGUCUCCGGCAUUGGAGAUGCAAGCUUUUCGACUGAUGGGUGCUCCGUUGAUAUAGUUCUGAAGUCGCGGACUUCAGAUUUUUGUACAAAUAUCACUGCUGUUGUGGUGAAAACAAUUACCGAUAGUCAACCAGUGGCUUCAAUAAACAUCGCUAAUUGGAACAUACCCUCAAACAUUCAACUAGCUGAUCCUGGUUUUAACGUGCCCCAGCGUAUCGAUCUGCUCAUCGGAGCAGGACUUUUCUAUGAGCUACUUUGCGUAGGACAGAUUCAAUUAGCACCUGAAAUACCAUUACUUCAAAAAACUCGUCUUGGCUGGGUUCUGUCUGGCGGUAAGCAACAAGCCCCCAAACUUUCAACAUUCGUAGCAAGUCACAGCUCAACUACAGAUAUCAGUAUUGAUGAUCGGCUGGAUGAUUUAGUCCGGCAGUUUUGGGAGAUCGAUCAUGUCGUUGAACCGAUUUCUAAAAAUUCCAAAGAGGAGCUUGACUGUGAGUUGCAUUUCAAGCAAAAUUUCAUUCGUUUAGCCUCAGGCGCAUAUUCGGCCAUAUUCUGCCAACAAAGCUAA